GAAUGGUGUGGUCAGAUGUUAAAAGACUCUGGUAUGAUGGUUUAGAAGACUUUUUAGAAGAAUCCCGUAAUCAGCUUAGUUUUGUCAUGAAUUCCCUGUAUUUGGCAACUUUUGCCCUCAAAGUCGUUGCCCAUAACAAGUUUCAUGAUUAUGCUGAAAGGAAGGACUGGGAUGCAUUCCAUCCUACCCUAGUGGCAGAAGGUCUUUUUGCUUUUGCUAAUGUUCUUAGUUAUCUGCGUCUCUUCUUCAUGUACACAACCAGCUCUAUUCUGGGACCACUCCAGAUUUCAAUGGGGCAGAUGCUACAAGAUUUUGGAAAAUUUCUGGGCAUGUUUCUUCUUGUCUUGUUCUCGUUCACAAUUGGAUUGACACAACUUUAUGAUAAAGGAUUUACCGUAAAUGAAGAAAAGGACUGUGCAGGGAUUUUCUGUGAACAACAGAGCAAUGACACAUUCCAUUCGUUUAUUGGCACAUGUUUUGCUCUGUUCUGGUAUAUAUUCUCCCUGGCACAUGUAGCAAUCUUUGUCACACGUUUUAGCUAUGGUGAAGAAUUACAGUCUUUUGUGGGUGCUGUUAUUGUUGGUACCUACAAUGUGGUGGUUGUGAUAGUAUUAACUAAACUCCUUGUGGCAAUGCUUCAUAAAAGUUUUCAGCUGAUAGCAAAUCAUGAAGAUAAGGAAUGGAAGUUUGCUCGUGCCAAGCUUUGGCUUAGCUACUUUGAUGACAAAUGCACGCUACCUCCACCUUUCAAUGUUAUUCCCUCUCCCAAGACUAUCUGUUAUCUUUUCAACAGUCUCAGUAAAUGGAUCUGCUCUCAUACAUCAAGUGGCAAAGUGAAACGUCAGAACAGCCUAAAGGAAUGGAGAAAUCUGAAGCAAAAGAGAGAUGAGAAUUAUCAAAAGGUGAUGUGUUGCUUAGUCCACCGUUACUUGACUUCCAUGAGACAGAAGAUGCAAAGCACGGAUCAGGCAACUGUGGAAAACCUAAAUGAACUGCGGCAAGACUUGUCAAAAUUCCGAAAUGAAAUGAGAGACCUGCUUGGCUUUCGAACUUCUAAAUAUGCUAUGUUUUAUCCCAGAAACUAAAGCCUAACUUUUAAACAAAAAGUGUGUACUUUUAGAUACCUGUAGGUGAAAGUGUUGAUCUAAUUCUGUUGCCAGACCAAAUAGAAAAGAUUAUUGCACAAUAAUACAAUUGAAAAUGCGUUUGCAUGAGUUGCGGCUAGAUGCGGAAGUGGUGGAAAUAAAUGCAAAAACAGAUAUAGUAAUUUUCUUAAGCUCUUUAUCUUAGUGUGUAUAUAAAAUUUGUAUAUGGGAAUUUUUUUAAUGUUUCUCAGACUGUGGCUGUCAGGUGUCAGAGCUUCGUAACUAGCACAAUGUGUUUAUUUCUUCUAUUUUUGCUGUUUGUUCCUUUUUGAUACUUGUUUUUCAAGUUGUGGGAGAAGAUAGGCUUUUUAAGACAAAAAUCCAGCCUAUGUUUAUUUUUAAUAGAAAAGUCAGAUAUAGAAUAAUAGAACAUUUCCAGCACAGUUGGAAAUUAUGUUUGACU